UAGAAUAAUAGAAUUGCAGAGUUGGAGGGGGAUCCCCAAGAGUCAUCUAGUCCAACCCCCUGCAAUGCAGAACUUAAGGCAGCCUGUACCAACUUGAUGCCCUUCGGAUGUUCUGUACUACUACUGCAACAUCUCUUGCCCCUCCCAAUUUUAUUUUUAAAUUUAGUUUUUGAGAUUUUAAUUUUUGCUUUGGGGAGUUGCUUCCUCUUUUUGUCUGUGUUUUUGUGGAAGGGUAGAUUUUUUUCCUGCUUUUGUGGGUGUGAUGGUGGAGGAUCUGAGCAUCACCAGUUUUUCCUUUUGUGAAAUGGGUAUUUUGUGAUGGAUUCAGGGGCACUGAGCUCAGAAGGCUGACUGGAAAGAAAUUGCAUCUCAGAGGGGAGAAGGUUCCUUCCUAGGGCCAACGUUUCAACCUGCGGUUGUGUUGGAAGCAGCAGAUGUUUCAGGAUGGUUUUGCAAACUGACCCACAUCCAGUCCUUCCCCAUCAGUGCUUGGGGAAACAAAGUAUAUGCAAAGGCAAGAUCCAACAUGGCCAUUAGUCCCAAUUUCCCUGAUGCAUCCACUGUGGGUGUUAACACCUCCUGUUCCCUCUCUAGAGCUCUGUCCUUUGAAAAGUUUUGCUUGAUGCAAAGUCAGGCUAUUUUACUUGAUCAGCAGGCAGCCCGCCCUAGAGACAACUUGGACCAAUUCUUAUUUUUAGUUCAAUCUUUCUUUAACCGACAUUAGUCCCUUUGUAGCAAACUCAGGUGCCAAGAGCCAGCAGGAUGCUGGGAAACGUGUGUGCACUGGAAGUGUUGUGGGUUCAGGAUUUAUCUCAUUUUUACGACAUAUUAUUGAAUGCAGUUGGUUGACGCUUCUCCUUCUCUGACCCGAACAGCCACCGAGCCACGUCCCCAUGGAUGAAUGGGAAGCCCCUCAGUGGAAGAAGGAAGUCGAAAGCCUUAAGUACCAGCUGGCUUACAAGAGGGAGAUGUCCUCAAAAACGAUCCCCGAAUUUCUUAAGUGGAUAGAAGAUGGCAUUCCAGAAGAUCCAUUUCUGAACCCAGAGCUGAUGAAGAACAAUCCGUGGGUGGAAAAGGGGAAAUGCACCAUCCUCUAACCCAUUGCCUCCCAAAAUUUCGAUAAAUAAAAAUGGCUUCCUUUGGAGAUACUCAAAAUUGCAUGAAAACUUAAUGUAUAAAGUUUUUAUUUUAGUUCCUCCCUAUGGCUAAACUCACUUUUACCCCCCCCCCCUUGCUAUCACAGUUGAGUUCAUAUAGUGGCUAAUUAAAGGUUUCCCUCAUUUGUAUGAUUUGGGGAAGAGAAUUCUCCCUUCUCCUGGGUUAAAAUGGGAGGUGCACUUCAAACCACCAACAUACAGAUUUCACAGAACAGGCAGGCACCCUCCCUGCAAAUGUUGUACAAUCAAGUCCAUUGCACCCCCUUCCAAAUCCAACUUUCCCCCCUUUGCCUAGGGAGAUAGGGGCUCAGGAAUACCUAUGUACUUUCUGGAGCAAUGGUGAUGCUUCUGGGGGUUCCCUUCUACCCACCAGCUAUGGUCUGGGCUGAAUGAGAGAAUCCAGGUGUAUGUAGAAUUGCUUCCCUCCUGUUCAUAUGUUGGCAGUGCUGGGUAGCAGAAUCGGUGCUGAACGAGGUCUUCCAGUCUUGACAGAUAGACAUAUCUAAGAGUGGAUCACCCUUUCUCAAGGCAUGUCACACUCUGUCCUAUUGGCACACUGGUGGGUACCCCUGUUCACCAUUUGGGAACCAUCACUGAAGAGAGUACGGAUGUGAAAGAGACCCCACUGUUUUGAAUUUUGGCACCACCAUCUGGAAGAUAUAGGGACAUUGGAUGCUGCACAGGAUAAUAAAAUGGUAGAGUUGGGAGGGACCCAAAAGAAUACUCUAAUCCAACCCCCUUCAAUGCAGGAAUCACAACAAAAACUAAGCAAAAUUUGCAGCUUUAUGAACCCUGUAGUUUCUCUUUCCUAUACACCUGCAAUUCUUUUUUUGUCUUUUUAGGGGGGACUUGUAAAGGAACAACAAGUUUUAUAAAAUAAUUUUUGAUUACUUUAAAUACUUUUUUUUGUAUCUUGUAGGAUAUACCGUUUUGCAGUUAAAAAAAAAAAAGCUAAGCAAAUGUGACAAGGGCUUCUAAGCAAAAUAAAGAAAGUGAUACUG